AUGGCUGGAGGGAACGCAGCAUCACAGCCAUUCAACAUGGAGGCCAAGUCCAAUGAUGCAAAGAGCAACAAGAAGGCCGCCGGGAAAGCCCAUGCGAAGACAGCAGGAGCUGGAGCGCACUUUAUGCCCCCACAGGCGCAAGUGUUGCAGACAGUUCAGGUCCCUCGCCGUUUUCCUGGCCACUUCAUGCCUCACAGGUUGUGCAAUCACUGGAAUCUGCAGGGAUGGUGCAAGAAAGCAGAGACCUGCACCUUUGCCCAUGGAAUCCAAGAGCUGCACCCGGAUGUUCAGGCUCAGCUUUUGCAGCAGAAGCCUGGCAUGCCACCGCCGUCUGUGACAAAAGAUGGUCGACUGGUGGUGCAUGGUGUCUCGAAGCCGGCAGGGAAGGUUGAAUCAGUUGGUUAUCCCAUGCCAAUGCCCGACGUGUAUGGCAGCACGAACCUCUUGGGCUCAGGUCUUCUGAACACGAAUUUUGGCUUCGACCUCACAGGCACACAGAUUCCGCCCCCAACGGCCGCCAUGCAGCUGAAUGAGCUGCCAGAGCUGAAGGAGACUGCAGACGACGCCCAGGAGCCAGCACGAGCACGUUCCACAUCUCCAGGCACCCCCAGCAAGCGUCGACCAGCACCAGCGCCCCUGUCGUUGGACGAUCUCUCCCUCGAGAAGGGCAAGAGUUCAGUGCUUGCGAUGCAGAACGUGUACUAUGCCGGCAUGCGCCCCCUGGGCUCGCCGAUGCGGGUCUCGGUGGUCUCCAGGCCUUUGCCCUCGCCAAUCUCUACAGGAUUUACGCCAACCGGGGCGACGACUUCUGUAGCGACCUCUGUGGCUAUGGCGGCCAUCUCGACUCCGAAGACAGGAACAGCUCAGGUUCCAUCGUUGGCCAGCCCGGCAAGGGUGACCACACACUUUCCCACGUCGUUGGCCAGCCCCGCAAGGGUGACCGCACACUUCACCCGCAGUCCCACUGGUGGCCUGAUGUGGCCUGGCUCUCCCACUAUGGUGUCACCCACCGGGAAACCGUCUACGCCGGUACCCAUCGACCGCUCGACCCUGCUGCAGGCCAGGCAGGUGGCCGUCCGCAUGGACCAGGGUCCACCCGGCUUGGCCAUGUGGGCACCAACACCGACCACGAAGGCCAACCUCUUGGGUUUCCGCUAUCCUGAGCCAGGAUACAUGGCAGUUGCACCGCGAACGCCGGGAGCAUGA